AUGGACCAUCGAUACACCUCAAGACAUCACGAACCCCCCGGCAGAUACGCAUCUCAGUCCGCUCAACAGCCUUGGCUGGAGUGGUUCAAGAAUCCCACCGUCCUCAUAGUCGCUGCCGGAAUAUUGUUCACAGCCUUCUAUCAGUCGCUUCAUUCUUCACCCUUUCAUCGCCACCGGCACCCCGGCGAGCUGCUUUGGGACUUACUCAUUACCAUCACGCCUGCUGCGCUGCUCUACGCGAUCGAUAACUGGCUCAACCCUCCCAUGUUCCCGGGCCUCAAGUCCUCACGCCCACGAACUUUUGCUGCAAAGAGCGAUCUCCUGAGGAAACUAUUAGGCAUGGAUCAACCAGGGGGUGGCAUCAUUGGCUCGGUCGCGAGCGCAGGGAAGAAGAGUCUUUCUACACUAUCUGGUCGUUCUCUCCUCAAGGGCGAUCCUCACACACCAGCUGGUCUAGGCAACAUAGAUUAUUCCUGCUUCCAAAACAGCAUUCUUCAAGGCCUGGUUUCGCUACAGCCUCUGCCAGAAUAUCUUGAAAGUGCAAGAGUCGACCCCGUGGAGGCAGACCAAUCUUUACAGCAAGGCUCUGCAGGCACCUUGCAGCAGCUGAUUCGUGAGCUCAAAGACCACGAGAACAAUGGAAAGACCCUGUGGACACCUGCCAAGCUCAAGUCGCUUCACAGCUGGGAGCAACAAGACGCUCAAGAAUACUUUUCCAAACUUCUGGACGAGAUUGAGAAGGAGGUUGUGAAGGCUGCCAAGGGGCAAACAAAACAAUCCGGCUUGGAGACUGCCCUGACCAAAGAUGACACUGAGAGCCAUCACAGUGAUGAUAGCGGAUAUCUAUCAGCCACCACAUCCUCCAAAUCAAGCUCUGAAUCAAAGGUUGCCCGCAACCCUCUCGAAGGCAUGACUGCGCAACGAGUUGCCUGCGUUCAGUGCGGAUACUCGGAGGGCCUCUCCCUACAGCCUUUCAAUUGCAUCACGCUUAAUCUUGGUGUUGGGACCAUGCAACAUGAUUUAUAUGAGCUGCUCGAUCAUUAUACGCAAAUCGAGUUUAUUGAGCAGGUCGAAUGCAACAAGUGCACACUUCUCAAAGCGAGAGACAUCCAGACAACGGUUCUCCAACAACUCACUGGGAAACCCGAAUUCGUGUUGCAAGGGGUGCGGUCACGCCUUGCAGCCGUUGAACAGGCAUUAGAAGAGGAUGAUUUUGAGGAAAAGACUCUGAAAGAGAAGUGUAAAAUCUUGGCGCAACAUCGCUCGAGCUCAACCAAAACCAAGCAGGUUGCAAUCGCCCGACCUCCCAAGAGUCUGGCCGUUCACGUCAACCGGUCUGUUUUCGACUUCAAUACUGGCCACAUGUGGAAAAACAUGGCUGCCGUCAAAUUCCCCCGGACUCUUGAUCUCGGCCCUUGGUGUCUGGGUAGUGCUGAUCACACGGCUGCUUUUCGUAAAGAGUCCUUGGUAGAUGUCGAAAAAGAUGAACUCAGCCGUGAUCAGGAAACUUGGGUAUCAGACCCUAAGGCUUCAAUGAUCUCCGGCGACCGCCAUCCUUCACAGAUCAGCGGACCAAUUUAUGAGCUGCGCGCAGUCGUCACUCACCAAGGUCAGCAUGAAAAUGGUCAUUACAUUUGCUUCCGAAAGCAUUCUACAGAGGAAAAGGUCCAAUCACGGUCAGACUCGGCCGACGAAGAGACGGAAUCUCUAGACACGGAGAAGACUCUAGUCGAAACGACCAGUAACGAAGAGGACACAGAAAAGUGGUGGCGGCUCAGCGACGAAAGCGUCUGGGAAGUCGCACAAGAGGAUGUUCUGGGCCAAGGCGGAGUUUUCAUGCUGUUCUACGAUUGUGUUGAUCCUCAUUCAGUACUGGUAUCUGAAUCGGGGAAGGCCGAACCGGAGCUCGAGCAAGCUGCGGAAGCACAACCGAAAUCGACAUCUUCGACUGCUACCCAGGCUGUAGAUGGUACGGAUCCAGUCUCCGAGCCUUCUAUCAAAGUACCCGUUGAAGAAAUGGAAACACCCCAAACAAUGAUCAAGAUCGGAACGCCACAAUCAAGCGAUCCCAUCAAGAUAGGCGAAGUUGACAACUUUAUUGUUGGUCUUCUGAGUAGACCAAACUCCUGA